UGCGUUGGAGCUUAGAAGUGAGUUAUCUGUGUGUGAACAAAGCAUUAUCCUUAAUACAGCAAGGGAAUAAACAAAUCAAUGCAAUGCAAUGAUCAUAACAAAAUAAACUCAGCUAGGUCAAAAGGAAGUAUCCGAGGCAGCCAUGGUUACCGCAGACGAUCCUCCAACAAGACUUCAGGGAAAGUAUACAGCAAUAGCAGUGUGUUGGUUUCUUGGAAAUGGAUGUCUUUUCGCAUGGAACAGUAUGCUGACAAUAGUAGAUUACUACAGUAUCUUGUUUCCGAGAUACCACCCUUCAAGAGUUCUUACUCUUGUAUACCAGCCAUUUGCAGUUGGAACGAUUGCAACACUUGCCUACAACGAAGAAAGAAUAAACACAAGAUUUCGGAACCUAUUUGGAUACAUUCUUUUCUUCGUAGCCACUCUUUUGGUGUUAGUUAUAGAUUUAGCAACAUCUGGUAGAGGAGGAAUUGGAACUUUCAUUGGUAUAUGUGCAGUAAGUGGUGCAUUUGGAAUAGCAGAUGCUCAUGUCCAAGGUGGAAUGGUGGGAGACCUUUCAUUUAUGCAUCCUGAAUUGCUUCAGUCUUUCCUUGCUGGUGGAGCAGCAUCAGGUGCAUUAACUUCUGCUUUGAGGUUAGUUACAAAAGCUGCAUUUGAGAACUCCAAAGAUGGUCUUCGCAAAGGAGCACUUCUGUUCUUUGGCAUAACAACAUUCUUUGAGCUUCUUUGUGUCAUUCUCUAUGCAUUUGUGUUUCCCAAAGUACCAAUUGUGAAGUAUUACCGAUCAAAAGCAGCAUCAGAAGGAGCAAAAACUGUUUCAGCUGAUCUUGCAGCCGCUGGCAUCCAGACCUCAUCUGACAAUGAAGAUGUAAAGAAACAAGAGCGCAAAGGAAAGAAGCAAUUGUUAAUGGAGAACAUUGAUUAUGCAAUUGAUUUGUUCCUCAUAUAUUCUCUAACACUGUCUAUCUUCCCUGGAUUCUUGUCAGAAGACACUGGAAAACAUAGUUUGGGCGCUUGGUAUGCUCUUGUUUUGAUUGCCAUGUACAAUGUGUGUGACUUAAUCGGAAGAUACAUUCCCCUAGUGAAAUGCAUUAAAAUGGAGUCUCGAAAGUUGCUCACAACAACAAUAGUUAGUCGUAUCUUACUUAUACCGGCAUUUUAUUUCACUGCAAAGUAUGGUGACCAAGGUUGGAUGAUGUUGUUGACAUCUUUCUUGGGAUUAUCAAAUGGUUAUCUCACUGUCUGUGUUCUUACCAGUGCACCCAAAGGUUACAAGGGACCAGAGCAAAAUGCCUUGGGAAACAUAUUGGUGUCGUUUCUUCUUGCAGGCAUUUUUGCUGGGGUAACACUUGAUUGGUUGUGGUUAAUAGGUAAAGGGUGGUGAUACCUUCACUAAGCCAACUAGGGGAAUUGCCAAGUCAUUGUUAAUUUAUUAAAUAGGACUCAUUUUUUAUAUAUUUUUAGCAUCAGACAUGACUAAGAUUGGUUUUUUUUAUUUAUUAUUUUAGAGUUAGAGUUAGAGUAAAUAUUUCU